GGUGACGUCGCGGGCGCCGCUCGUCACGCAUCCUCUCCUCUUCUGCCAUUUUUUUCCUCCUGCUACUGGCUAACUUGCUAACCGAGGGGGUCUCCAUCAGCCGGAGGCGGGGGAAGACUGCGAGGCAGCGGAGAGAGGCAGUCACCGUACAGACCCGAACCUUCCCCGCAGAACCGGGAGGCUCUUCCGCACAGCGAACGGCUUCCAGAGAGGCGACAGCCAUGUCCGAUUUUGACAGCAACCCGUUCGCAGACCCGGACUUCAGCAACCCCUUUCAGGAUCCCUCUGUGACGCAGGUGACCCGGUCUGCCCCUCCUGGUGGUCUGGAGGAAUAUAACCCCUUCACAGACGGCAGAACGGCAGCCCCUGGAAAUGCCCCCAAAUCGACUCCUGCCCCUGCCCAGAACACACAACCUGCCAUCAUGAAGCCCACAGAAGAGCCACCAGCUUAUUCACAGCAACAGACUCAGCAGAGGCGUAAUGAGGACCAAGCACGUGCUCAGGCUGAGUUGUUGAGAAGGCAGGAGGAGUUAGAGAAGAAAGCAGCGGAGCUUGAUCGCCGCGAGAAAGAGUUGCAGUCCCACGGAGCCGCGGGAGGGCGUAAGAACAACUGGCCUCCACUGCCAGAGAAGUUCCCUGUUGGCCCAUGUUUCUACCAUGAUAUUGCUGUGGACAUUCCUGUAGAGUUCCAGAAGACAGUCAAGAUCAUGUACAACCUUUGGAUCUUCCAUGCAGGCACGCUCUUUGUGAACAUGUUCGGCUGCCUGGCCUGGUUCUGUGUGGACACAUCUCGUGGCGUAGAUUUUGGCCUGGCGAUGCUCUGGUUUCUGCUGUUCACCCCCUGUUCUUUCGUCUGCUGGUACAGACCGCUCUACGGGGCUUUCAGGAGUGACAGUUCGUUCCGCUUCUUUGUCUUCUUCUUCGUCUACAUCUGUCAGUUUGGAGUUCACGUCCUGCAAACUAUCGGCAUCACCGGCUGGGGGACAUGUGGCUGGAUUACAGCUUUAACUGGUCUGAACACCAGCAUCCCAGUGGGCAUCAUCAUGUUACUGAUCGCAGCUCUGUUCACUGCACUGUCCGUGGGCUCUCUCAUCAUGUUUAAAAAGGUGCACGCUCUCUAUCGUACCACCGGUGCCAGUUUUGAGAAGGCUCAGCAGGAGUUUGCGACCGGAGUCAUGUCCAACAAGACCGUUCAGACGGCAGCCGCCAAUGCUGCCGCUAACGCUGCAACCAACGCCGCUCGUGGGGCCUUUAAACCUCAUCCAUAAACCGACACACACACACACACGCUUACACACAGUGACAAGGUGGAGAUGCACAGCUCUGGCCCUGCUGGUUCUCAGAUCAAAUUGAUUUUUAAUUUAUGAAUGUUGCAAUGCUACGGUUGCCCUGCACACUCUGCUAAAGAAAAGUGUAACGUAAAUAACAGACAAGUGUCCAGAGCUGUUCAUCCUCAUGUAUCAGUGAAAACUCUUCUACAUCCGCCCUGGCUGCUUUUCAGUCAGGCGACCAUCUGCUCACAUCCCUUUGAAACAUCCACGUACUGACUUGAGGUGUGUUCCGAGUGUGUGGGAUUCCAUCUCACUCUCUCGUUCUCACUCCUUUUCCUCUUCCUGUUCCUCUGUCCUCCUCUGUCUGGUGAUGAUAGUGCAUCCGGACAUGACUGUCUAGCAUUCCUUAUUUUUGUCAUGGUGAUGACGUCUAAACAGCUUCCUGCCUGGUUAUUGGUUAAUACAGCAUAGAGUCAUGAAAAGUGAUAAUCCGCUCAUGGUGUUUUGCACAUUAUUCAGUUUUUCUUGGUCAGAUACUGAAAGUACAGUAUAUGUUGGAUUGGCUGCAGCUGCGUGUGAAUGUGUACUUCACUUGAAAGGACAAAAUUGUGGCUUUUCAUGAUCUUCCGGUGCUUGAACAUGAAGGUAUGAAAUUUGAAUUUUACCUUGUACUCUAUCAGUGCUUCAUCUCUCAGACAAUACCCUUCUCGUUAUGCUAAAACCUAAUUCUUAUAAAUAGGAGUAUGUCUGUAUGUCCUUCCUUAAGGACCUGCCCCCAACAGAGCUCCAGUGACACCUGUCAGGUGAAAUCUUUCCUCUCUGUCCGAUUUUCUUUGACUGGGCCGGGUCGGCAUCUCUGAUGCUAACUAAGAUCUGACAGCAUGUAAACAACGUGCAUGUUAAGCACACUGAAGGUAGAAGUCGCUCCCUCCGCUAUUGGCUGGAUCAGGGGAACGUCUACCUAUUUAUUUCCCAUCAGUUCCUGUGAGAAGCGAGCUGCAGAGUUAUUGCAUGUCCCUGUGGCUGUUUGACUGAUUGACGACGUUUGGAUCUAUUCGUGGAGACGCACUGAACACCAAGGUCAGUGUAGGUCACCAGUUCUCACCACAAACUUUCAGUCCGGUGCUCUUGUGCAUUAAAAGGGGGGAGAACACCUGAGGAAUAAUUGCGUUUCCUUUUACGUAUGCGUGGCAUUAAUUGUGUGGUUCCCCCCUCAGUUGUUUUUGUAGCCCUUCACACUAACGGCGCUAUGAGUCUGGAGAGCUGCUCGGUCGUGGCCUCCUGUUGAAAAGGACGCAUAAUAACGUACAAAGUGAUAACUGAGAGAAGGGACCUGGCUUUUCCCACUGAACAUGACCUGGACAGUGAUGAAGCUAUGAUUUUCUGUUUCCUGAGAUUAUCCUGAAUACACGAACCAGUAAAAACACUGAUACUGCUUGUAUGUACACUAACAGUCUGUUUGCAUUUUUACAGACAAAGCCAGCCACUGAUUUUCCCAUCAGCACUUGCCUCAAAAGUUUCUCAGCCAUUAAGAACAUUAAGAUAAGAGAGAACUGGAGGUGACACAGUGAUAUCACUAAGAUAUGUUAAUUUAUAUACAAUAAUAACAGUGUUAUUCAGCACUAAGUUGUAGAGACUACUGUCAUUGAAGUGAAGUAUGGUUGCGGGUUACAUACGUGUAUCUCUCAUCAUCGUGGUGAGUGAAGACGUACAUGAUCGAUGACUGGUGACUGGUGCUGCUGUUACCACAUUGCAAAUGUGCAGCUUAAGAUCAAUAACUCGUCUUGACAUAGCAAGAAAACGUCUUGGCAGCAUUUUGUUUUUCGAAAUAUCUUUGUUUUAAACUCAUUGCACAUUUCUUGUUUUGCGUUAAACUUAGAGCAAAAGACAAAACAUGUUUUUAUUUAUGGUGUAAUUUAAGUUGUUCACAUUUCUUUCGUGUUUGGUUUGAUUUUACAUUAUGUAUUAUGUUUGUGUGUUUUUUUUGUAUUAAUGACAUCAACGUAGCAUAAGCUAGAUAAAAAAAAAGUGUUUAACGACUUUGCAACUGGACCCUGACGGAGUUGUGCUCGUGUGGAUGAGGAUGUGUGUAUGACUGGUAUGAAAGAAAGAAAAAAUCUCCCUCAAGUGUUAUUCUAAUUCCUGAAAAGCUGUGAGAGAUCAACCAAAUGUCCAUUUAGAUUUGUUUUUAAAUCUCUGUUCGUGACGUGUUCCCUUGCCAUGUUUUACUUUUAGGUAUUAACACAACUUAUCUUUGCUACACACAUGAUUUCCAUGUAUCUAUAGUUUUAAGCAGUUGUUAAAUAAAGCCAUUGCCUAUGUGGGUGAGUAGUUGAUGUAUUUGGCGAGCUGGUCCGCAGUACAGAACGUGUUUGAAGUUUGCUGACACAUUAUUUCACUGAAUCAGAGAAAAAACUCAUUCGAAAGGGACACUUGUAUAUUUUGUAAAGUUGAAAAUUUGAUCCCCAUUAUCAGUCACAUGUAAAAAGAAAAUGUAAUGCACUCUCGUCUGGCCUUUGUCGCAUGUGAAAUAGUUUGAGUUUUGUAUAUUUAUGGUAUUAACAUGAAAUAAAAUUUGAAAGAAA